AUGGCCUUUGGAUUACCUAUUACCAACUCCAAAAGAAGUGAACUUUCAGAUAGUCUACAAGCUGUUGAUACUCCUAUUAUUGUCAGUAACCAGAUGAUGCAGAAGCGUACUUCAUGCUUUACCCCUCCCGGUGUAACUGGACUUUAUCCUCGUUAG